AUUCUUUUGAAACUCAAGCGAAGCGUUAUUCGUCGCUAUCGCAAAGCCGAUGCGGAAGCUAUAGUUGCAGCUGCAAAUUCACAUCUCGUCUCGAAAUACAUGACAGCGACGUUCCCAAGUCCCUACACGCUGGAAGAUGCUGUUAAUUGGAUCGACAUUGCGGAUCGAGAAGGAAGCCUCUUUUUCGCCAUAUGCACGCUCGACAGUGAUAUCGUCAUAGGUGGUUGUGGCUUUCAGCAUCUCACGGGCGAACAAUCCCGCACCAAGCUUCUCGGAUAUUGGUUAUCACCCAAAUAUUGGGGCCAUGGCAUCAUGACGGAAGUCGUUUCAUCUCUUAGUUGUUGGGCAUUUGAGCAACUCCCCACGCUUCUGAGGUUAGAGGCAACUGUGAUUGAAGAGAAUAGAGGGAGCAUAAAGGUGCUGGAGAGAGCUGGAUAUCUUCACGAGGGAACAAGACGCAUGGCGGUGUGCAAAGGCGGGCAAGUAUAUAAUAAUGUGAUACGAGGACUGAUACGA